CUCAUUUUCGAUCGCUUUCAACUUUAUACAUUCGCUUUUGGCUUUAAAUUUCUAAAUUAAUUUCUUAUAACUUUUAUAAUCUUUAUAUCCUUUAUAUCCUUUUCACAAUGCAAUUCUCAAAAGCUUUAUUAGUCGCUGCAGCUGCUUCAUUAGCUUCUGCCAGCUACUUUAACACCACUGUUACUGAAAUCGGUACCACUGUUAUCACUGUCACUUCUUGUGAAUCAGUUACUGUUUGUACUGAAGUCCCAGUCACCACCGGUGUCACUGUCGUCACUUCAACUGUUAGAGGUACCAAGACUGUUUACACAACUUACUGCCCACUACCAAGUGAAUCUGAAGAGCCACCAAAAUCCUCUACCAAACCAUCUGCUAAACCAACUUCUCCUUCAAACACCACUGUUCCAGAUGUCGAUGAAAUUAACGGUGCUACCAAAUUAGGCUUGGGUUUAUCUGGUGCUUUAGUUGCUGCCGGUUUAAUGUUUUUUUAAAUUUUUAAUUAAAUUUAAAUAAAUAAAAUUAAAUAAAAUUAAAUAAAGAUUUUAAAACGUUCUAAAAAAUUGCUAAAAUACAAGUAUCGCAUAUCAUGUUUUUUUUUGGUUUCUCUCUGAG